AUGUACGGUCUUGUUUUCGAGAUUAUCGAAGAGUGGGUCAUCGAGAAGCAAGGGCUCGACGUGUGGCAUAACAUAAAGGAGCUUGCUGGUAACAAGAGGAACGACCAAACCUAUCUGAGGCGAGCUUAUUAUCAGGAUGAAGAGCUUGUGGAUCUCAUCAAUGCUGCUUCAGAAAUCCUCAAGAUUUCUGUUCACGAUAUUCUCGAUGCAUUUGGCAGAUUUGUCAUCAUGCAUCACUUUGCCAAUGGAUAUGCUGAACUGCUAAUAUGUCAGGGGUCAACUCUGCGCCAAUGGCUUUCAAACCUCAAUGCCAUGCACGAUCACGUACAAAGAAGUUUCCCAGGAGAGAACUUCAUUGCCCCAAUCUUUUGGUGCGAAGAUUGUGACGAAGUCGAAGGCUCUAUUCAACUGCACUACUAUACCCUACGGGGCACCCUGUUGGUACCAAUGGUUGUUGGUAUCGUCGAGCAAUUGGCAUCUUAUCAUUUCAACCUCGAGGUUAAGAUGGAGCAACUCGCAUUGCAGGGUGAAGACGGUGCCACCUUUACUUCAUGGCGUAUUUCAGCAGUGGACGAAUCACAAAAAUGGAAACUAUCCCCCCUUGCAUCUUCCCAAAGCAACGAGGGCGACAAGCCAAUCAGUUUCGAUGGUGUUUCGUUGCCUGACAAAUGUCCGUUCUCAGGCAGAGCGCUGAAGCGAAGCAAUCACAAUACCAACGACGAGACAUCUACAAAGUGCCCAUUUCAUGCAAACCUAGAGGGUGCCUCAGAAAGCUCAAGUCCAUCAGAAACCGAAGAAAUGACUUCAGUAGGCUCUCUUUCAGGACCAAGCGACAGUUGUGCCGACUUCGGUUUUUCUGGGCAGCAUCUCAAGGAGUUGUUCCCUUUCCACAUCCUUGUCGAUCAACACUUCUCAGUUCUUCAACUUGGACCGAAGCUACCAAGGCUCCUUAAAAAGUCGUUUUCUCAGCUGGACGGUGUGCAUAUCAGUGAUAUUGUUCAAAUUACACGACCGGUCUUGGGAACAUCAUGGGAAUGGAAAUCUCUUAACAAAUUAUCUGAUCAAAACUUCUUCCUGACUCCAGCCACCAAGAAAACCUCACUUCACAAGAAAGUCUCCAUGGCAGAUAGCACCAUCCAAUUUCAGGCUUCCAUGUAUCGACUGACACCAACAAAGGUCAUGUUCGCACUGACCCCUAACGUGCAAAAUGUGAACGAACUUAAUCGAAUGGGCUUGAAGCUGACCGAUCUUCCGCUCUCCAGCUGUCAGCGCGAUGCCGUAUUUUUGGGCGAGCACGUUGCUCAGGAAGCUGACAAAGCUCACAAGCUUGACAAACUCAGCAAGCGAUUGAUAAGCGAAAAAGAUCUGUCCAACACUCUCCUUAACAAUAUGCUUCCUCAAAAAGUUGCCGAGGAUCUUCGACGAGGAAAAACUGUUGAGCCAGCCUUCCAUGAACAUGUCACACUGUUCUUCUCUGAUGUUGUUGGAUUCACUAGUAUCUGCGAUCAAGUCGAACCGUGGGAUGUCAUUGACAUGAUGAAUCAACUGUAUUCAGUGAUGGACUUUCUUGCCAGUCACUUUGAUCUCUAUAAGGUCGAGACUGUUGGUGAUUCGUACAUGUGUGCUUCUGGGCUAAUAAAUCCUGAUGACUACCACGCUGAGAAGAUGGCGAACUUCGCUUUGGCAGUUCGGGAGUGUGUACAGCAGGUCAAGUCUCCUAUCGAUGGAUCGCCGAUUCAGCUUCGAAUUGGAAUCCACACUGGUAGCUGUACUUCUGGUAUUGUUGGAACAUUGGCUCCGCAUUACUGUUUGUUCGGUGACAUGGUAAACACGGCGUCUCGACAUGAGUCGACUGGUUUGGCAGGCAAGAUUCAAUGCUCGAGUGUGCUAUAUGGCAGACUUGAACAUUUCUCGAAAAAAGACAGUCGUCAGUACAACUUUAAGGCACGUGGUCUUGUUGAUAUGAAGGGCAAGGGAGAAUGUUACACCUAUUGGCUGGAGAGCGCUGCAGAGGGAAACACUGGGGUUAAUGAGGAAUCCUUGGCAAGUCUUUCAAGCCAAGUUCAAGGGAUACUUUCAACUAACACGUGGAAGAAGAGGCGCUACUUUGGACGAGGCGGAAUCUUUCGAAGUAAUGCAGAUUCUUCAGACGUCUCUGUUUCUGGACUCUCAUUUCACGAUGGAUUGACCCAAAGCUUCACAAGUGAAUCUUUGAGCAGUCUGCUUGGUAGCGAAGGGUCCGCUCAUAACGGGGAUGAUUUCACGGAUGAUGUCAUGGAUGAUGAGGACGGUACAAUACCAAAUACGACCAUCUUUGAUUUCCCAGAGGAGGAUACACUGCAGAUACCGAGACCAUGGGGAACGAUAGGAAGCCAUAAGAAAGAACCUGUCGAGGAAGCGAUAGGAAAAUCUCUCUCUCGGUCGCUGGCUACGUGUAUUCAGAAAGGGGGAAGGCGAAUGCAGAUGAUUGAAGACCAGCUCCAAGCAUUUGUCUCCUUGAUAGCAAAUAUCUAUGAUAGCAGCCUAAAUGAAGCAUCACUGGAUUAUAUCACUGGGGUCUUGCAGAGAGCAAAUAUCCUUUGGGAAGCUAGGGAUCCGAACGAUCGAUCUCCAUGCGCACUUGGUGCCAACCCUUGGGAUCAUUUCACUCUUCUUUUCAGUGCCUUUAUCCAUCAAGUCAAGCAUACUGGUUCCACGAACGCCACUCUGGAGAGGGAAAAGCAUAUUGUUGCCCAGAUGUACGAAGGGCUACAAUCUUGUCAGGAGAGACGAUCGGUCGACUUUGCAUUUACUCUACUGGAAGAUGAGUUCGGAGAGUUGUACGAUGAGAUUACCUUUGGCUGUCCGAACUUCAGAAGCCUGGUCCGUAAGGCAGUUCUCUGUACAGACUUAGAAAAUGAAAACACAGUUCGCGAAAUGCUUGGAAAUUGUGCCAAACUGAAUUCAAUGGAUAAUUGCGCGGAUGAGCGACAAAGUCGGCAACGUAAUACGGCCAACAUCGGACUCAUCUUGGCCGUGGCUACAGUCGGACAAUGCACACAAUCACUUGAUCAGUUCCUGCAGUACUGCGGUGAAGAGUAUGACAAAGCGAUGAAGGCUUCCGAUAGUAACAGUGCAGAAAGCUGGUAUUACGAGCAGAGCAUGUUCAUGAAGGAUGUCUUACUUCCGUUGAUCGAAGAAGUAUUACCUGUGUUACCGCUUUCUGGAUACUUGGAAGAAGGUGCAGCGGAAAAUAUUGCCUUUUGGGACAAGAGGGGACAAGAGUGGAUGGUAGCUAGUAAGCUAAAGAAAGCAAAACUCCAUGGGGUAAUCGAAGGUAGCGUCAUAUCGAAGUAUCAAGUGGAAAAGCUUGUGUCUGUCAACGUUGCUACCCUUGAGACUCUGCUGACGCAGGUCAUGACUACUCGAAACGGGAACGAGCCAAGGUAUCUGGAUGACGGAGUGGAGUCGACUUCACGAAAUCCCUAUGGGGAAAUCCAGAUGUUCAUCAAAAUGAAGAAGUCGACCAUCAAGUCUGGAAAUGGCACAAGUACUAUUCACCAAGUUGGAGCUGACAUUUGUUCCGAACUGAGAGACUUUGUCGUGACUAUUGCCGCUAGAUACGAGAACAACCGAUUCCACAACUUCUUGCAUGCAAGUCAUGUUGCACACAUGGCGAAUCUUCUUGUCAAGUGUAUCCAUUCAACGGAAGGGUCCAACGGGGCCAGCAAUAUUGCGCAUGAUCCGCUUGCUCGUUUUGUGAUUGUCUUGUCUGCGUUGGUGCAUGAUAUUGGUCACACUGGAGUCCCUAACAGUCAGCUUGCCGAAGAACAGCCAGAACUUGCAGAUAAGUAUAGUCGCAAGAGUAUUGCUGAGCAAAACUCGAUCGAUACGGCUUGGGAGAUUCUGAUGUCUCCCAAGUUCAAGAAACUGCAAUGUUGCCUCUUCGAAUCGAAACAAGAGAAAGCUCGAUUCCGCCAGCUACUUGUGAACUGUGUGAUGGCCACUGACAUUUUCGACCAAGACUUGCGAGUAUUGCGACAGUCAAGGUGGGAGAAAGUCUUCUCCGGAGAUGAGGAAGCGCACUGCAAGGCCACAAGUGCCAUUGAGCACAUCAUGCAAACAUCCGAUGUAGCUCAUACAAUGCAAGAUUGGGAGAUCUACUGUCAAUGGAACGAGAGUCUCUAUAGGGAAUUGCACGAUGCGUACACCGAGGGUAGAUCUACAAAGGAUCCAUCUGAUGGUUGGUACGAGGGCGAGCUUUGGUUUUUCGACCACUGGGUGAUUCCAUUGGCUCAGAACUUGAAGGCAUGUGGAGUCUUGGAUAUCGUGAGCGAUCAGUUGGUGAAGCAGGCUCGAAGUAACCGACGUAGAUGGCAGUUGGAGGGCAAGCAGAUUAGCCAAGAAAUGUGUUCUACUAUCCAGUCGGAUACUCGUUCAAGCUGCUGCUCUCAUUCGCUCUCUGCUGCUAGUGAACAUUCAGGCAGUUCCGCCAGUUAUCUGGCAUCUCAGAUGGUGACUGAAGCGGAAUCUGUGUCAAAAGUGAUGGCUCGCUAUGAACGCAAGUAUGAAGCAGUUUUGGGGAAUCUGAUUGCGCUGGCAUACAAAGGGCAACUUCCAUCAGACCUCGAGCAGCAAGAGUUGUCGGAUGUCCAUAAGCAUUUCAAGGAUCAGGAUUGGUAUAGAUCUCAUGCAGACAAUGCCGAGGUAUCUUUCCAUUAUGAGUAUCAAUAA